AUGGCCGUGAUUAUCUUUUGGUGUUUUGCAUAUUCUAGACAAGCCUCGUGGGGCCACAACCGCCUUAUCGCAGACACAGACCCUUGGCGAAAUAAGACAAGACGAAAGACAGAGACACAGACAUUCAUGUCUGCUACCCUGAUCGUCGUUGAUGAUCUCCGCAACGAUAAUACCACAGAAUCUUAUGAUGAAAGUCACUACCUCACCGACGUUACCAUGGGUGGGAAGCUGUAUCAGUGA